AUGGACAGGGACCCGAGUGGAGACAGUGUGCUGGACCUCAGCUUCGAGGCCGAGAGCCCUCUGGCGCCCCCUGCUGAACUCUUGGAGGGACUGCCCGGCUGCAUCUGGCUUCUUCAGGGGGGCAGGCAGCAGAUAUUUUUUCCACCCUCAGAGGCCCCAGGUGGGCCCCAGGCCCCGACGCCCUGGUCCUUGUUCCUGGCACACAGAGUCCCCAUAGUGACGGAGGAGGUGGCCCGGGAGGCCCUCCUCAGCUUCGUCAACUCCAAAUGCUGUUACCGCAGUGCAGCAGCGGGCGACCUGGUCAUCCAGGAAUUGAGGCAACAGACCCUCUGCCGGUACCGGCUGGAGACCUUCAGUGAAUCUAGGAUCAGCGAGUGGACGUUUCAGCCAUUCGCCAACCAUGCUGUGGAUAGACCCCAGCGGGGCGCCUCGCCCGGCGUUUGGGAUAUGGAGGUGCAGAUGCCGCCCAUGUUCCAGGAAGACACCAGAAGGCUCCAAGUGCCUCACUCUGCGUUGGUCAAGGACUGUCACAAAUGCCACGGACGUGGAUGUUACAAGUGCAGCGUCUGCCACGGGGCCGGCACGGUUCGGUGUCCAUCCUGCAGCAAAGCCAGGAGCAAAGCCGGGCGGGUCCGGAGGUGCCACGUGUGCUCCGGCUCCCACAGACGCAGGUGCUGCACGUGCUCAGGGCGGGGCAACAAGACCUGUGCCACCUGCAAGGGGGAACGGAAGCUGCUCCACUUCCUCCAGCUGGUCAUCAUGUGGAGGAACAGCCUGUUUGAGUUUGUGUCCGGGCGCCAGCUUCCGUGCCCUGCUGAGCUGCUGGCGAAGGCCAAGGGAGAAAACCUCUUCCGGGACGAGAACGCCCUGGUGUACCCCAUUGUCGACUUCCCCCUACGGGACAUCGCUCUGGCCUCCCAGAGGGGCAUCGCGGAGCACGGGGCUUCUCUGGCCUCCAGGGCCCGCAUCUUGCAGCAGCGCCAGACCAUCGAGCUGAUCCCCCUCACGGAAGUUCAUUCCCGGUACCGAGGGAAGACGUGCGUCUACUACAUCUACGGCACGGACCACCAGGUGCACAUGGUGGGCCUGCCCGAGCCGUACUGCUGUGGCUGCACCAUCAUCUGACAGGUGCAGCUGUCCCCAGAGCCCGCCAGGGGGACGGCGGAGCUGUCUCCAGUCGCUCAGGGUUGACUGCGCUGGGUAAUUAUCCUUGGAAAUCCUUCUGGAAAAAAAUCAGCUCAUCGUUUAUUAAGAUGCAACUCCUGGCGGCGCUGGUUUGACGGGAUCCGUCUUUCAGCCGCGAGGAUUCACCUGCAC